GGGGGGGGUCCUUGGCACAAGGCUAAGUAUGUGUUGUGACUCACAGGAGCUCAAAUUUCCCAUUUGGAUCGCAGUCAAUGAGCUCUCAUCACUCUUCACGUGAGAAAUGCGUGUCUCCUAUUAAGCUGCUGUUGUCAUUUUGUGUUAAUGUCAUUAAAGAGCACCCAGGGGAAGAUGCUUUUAAUCCCUAAAAAAAAAGAAAAUGAUAAAUUGUUAUGUUAAAGUUAUAUAUUUUAAUUAAUUUAAUUUAAAGAGCAUCACCAUUGAGAAAUACAGUAUCAGUUCCAUGACCUGAUUGUUCUUGCACUUGCCUGGUGUCAAUAUGCGGUAUAUAGAUAUCUGUGGCGAUCAUUUUUUGUGGAAAAAAGUCAGACAACUAGGUGUCGAGGUUAUCUUAUUGAUUCAGCUUACAACUUGGCGAGCCGCCCGUUCUCUCCUCCUCCCGCUGUCUCUUUUGUUGUGGUUUCUGCCGAUGGGUUUGCCCCACAAAGCCAGUCAUUGCUGUCACGCUGCCAUAGCAACCAGGAAAUACUCACCACCGUCAGUGGAGUAGUGUGUGAAUGUGUGUGUGUGUGAGUGUUUUAGGGGGAUAGAGAGAGAGAGCCAAACGUGGCGAGUGGGAGUCCAGACAGACCACAACAUCAGAAGGGUCCGAUUUUCACCUUUGGCUUCAAUUUCUGCCAUUUCUUUGCUUCGUCUUCCCCCAGGCAUCUGGCUCCGAGAUGGCUGCCAGCGCCGCAACUGUCCUGCCUCCAGUGAAGAGUGUGGUGGUGUACAGGAAUGGAGAUCCAUUUUACAGCGGACGCAGGUUUGUGGUGAACCAGCGACAGGUGGCCACUAUGGAGGCCUUUCUGACUGAAGUGACCCAGAGCAUUGGGGCUCCACUCGCCGUCAGGAACCUGUACACACCCAGACAGGGCCACAGGAUCACAGAGCUGGAGGACCUCCAGACAGGAGCCCAGUAUGUUGCUGCUGGCUUUGAAAGGUUCAAGAAGCUGGAUUAUCUGAACAGGGGAACAAAAAAACAUCCUGCUGCCCGUGAAGAAAGCCAGGCCAAAGUGACCCAGAGGCCAAAUGUCUCGGCCAAAUGGAGGAAGUUUAUACCCGUGCCUUGCAUUCUACAUGUUUUCCGUAACGGAGAUCUCCUGUGUCCACCAUUCCGAUUCAUCAUUCCUCGGACCAUGCGGCAGGACCUGGAGCAGAUCCUGGGUCUGGUCACAGAGAAGGUCAGCUUACGAACCGGAGCUGUGCGCAGGUUGUGCUCUCUGGAAGGAGCGACUGUGUCCUCGGCUGCCGAGCUGGAGACCGGCCACUUCUAUGUUGCCGUGGGAACAGAGAGGUUCAAGAAACUCCCAUAUGUGGAGCUGUUGGUUUCAAAAGCUGCAGAGAGAUAUUACCCAGGAAAGAGAAGGCUGCUGAGGAGAAAUGAGAACAGAAAAGCAGGAAGCGGUCCAGAAGACCAGUACAGUGAUUCGGCUCUCCUCGACUCCCCUGAGUCCGAUGGUCGGAGGGUGAAGUCGACGGGAGAUGAAGCUGCAGGUCCAGCAGCCACACAGCAGAGGAGCAGGAGAGAAGGAGCGGAAGACACGUCUGCAUUCUUUGCCAGGCCGGUCAAGAUCCGCAACAACAACAGGCGACAGCCAAGACCACCGCUCAGCAAUGGAUCUGUCUUGCCCAGCGUGUUUAAAAGAGCAGCGCGGAAGAGAAGAGAGGAGGUACGAGGGGCCGAGGAGGUGCAUGAGGACGAGAACACAGCGACAGAGCUUCCUGUUGACCAGAGAGUUGCAGAAAUAGUGGAGGACGAGGAACUAAACGACCAAAACGAUCCUCUGCACAACAGGCAGCAGAGACAAAUUAUCAAGAGGGAGCAGCACAGCGAGGCGGAACACCUACACAAACACAAUGGAAAGCAGGCAACUCCAUCCUGGCAAGAUAGUGUGAAACAGACUGAAAAUUCUUUCAAGACCGAGGAGUCUGCUGCUGGAAUACCGAAGGAGCCGGAGCUGAAUCACACGUCACGGCCCUCGUCAUCCACGUCUCAGAGAGAGAACAGGGAGGAAAAGGACGCCCUGUCGAUUACAGCAGAACAGAACCAUCAUCAUGAGGAGGUCACAUCAACAUAACGGUUUCCCUACAGCCACCACAGCAGAUAACCCAGUGAUUACUGCUCCUACGAUGACUCAUGCAGCUGAAUGACUGCUUUGUUAAACUGAUAGUACCUCUACUGUGAUAAUGAGCCACGAAAUAACAAUACUUAAUUUGAGAAGAUGUGAACACACUCAGAAGAAAUUCAAAUAAACACUACAGGACACUGACACACUAUUAUAAGCUCUGACUUAACGAUUGACUUAAGAGGUAUUACUAUGCAGGAUUCUCCUCAAAACAAAACAGAAAAAAACAAGUAUAGACUUAUACAGUUGUAAUCCCUUUCAAUCAUUACUUAUUCUGUAUCUCCAGAGGCCCUUCCUCUACUAUUUUAUUUUCGUAGUAUUUUGCAGUGUUCGAGAUGUUUUAUGGCAUCAACCUUUGGGCAAUGUUUCGUGUCUGCCAGGCAGUAACAGUUCAAGGUUGGGACUCUGUAAAAACCAUCAGGUUUCGCUCGGUCUGUCGUGAAUGUAGAGAGAGCGGCAGGAUCUGUGUGCGUUUCAACAAGGGGGGGGUGGCUGAGCUUCACACACACAGGCAGGAACAGCAGGAGAGGCAAACAGCAGGCUGGAUGAAUCUUUCACAUUCGGAGGGUUGUUUGGAAGUGUGGGUGUGUUUAUUUGUGCUUUUUUAAUGCAUUCGCUGUGAAGCUCUAGCUCACUCGGCAAAUUUAGAUCGGUGUGUUUACAAACAACAAGUAAUCCUGUGUACAGUAUACCUUUUAAAACACAUUCCACAAGCUUUCCAAAGGUAGUGUUUGUUGUGUUGUACAGUUGUUUGUUUCCAACCUGUUCCUCAAUUCUGAAAU